AACGGUCUCCAUUCAGGGCUUGUUUAGAUCGCAUAUAAAUGGCUACUCUCUUUCUGUUCCAAAGCAUUGUUUGGGGGGGAAAAAACAAAACAAACCCGGCUGCAACGAUACUUGCUGCAGCCGUUUUCGUAGAUGGUUAGCUCUGUGUUGCAUGAACGUCGUAAAGCCUUUCAGCGAGCGUCGCGUCAGCGCCAGCGGACAGGCGUCGUGCCACUCUCAAGAUGGAAAGUCUUGCCAAGAUGCCCGUCUCAAAAGCGUUGCAUAACCUGUGGCUUCAUGAAGGAACCAUGACACGAGCAAUAAUGGCUGAUGUAGCCCAAACCUACAAGAACUCUGCAGAACUGCCUCUCAUGGACUUUUGAAGGCCUGUGGUUGAACUUCUCCUGACUGACAGGAUGUCCAUCACGGACCAUAGCCCCACCACUGGGGUCGUCACAAUUAUUGUAAUACUCAUUGCCAUUGCCGCACUAGGGGCUUUAAUUCUUGGUUGUUGGUGCUACUUGCGGCUGCAGCGCAUCAGUCAGUCUGAAGAUGAGGAAAGCAUUGUCGGUGAAGGUGAAACUAAGGAGCCCUUCUUACUGGUCCAGUAUUCGGCCAAAGGCCCGCGGGUGGAGCACAAGACCAAGCUCACCCCUAACGGCACGGAGAGCCACACCUAAGUCCUCUCAUCUCCCUUCACAGUGCAUACUGUGUAGUGGGUCGUGUUUGUAGACUCCUGUCAGUCUUAAAGCAUUUCAAACCUUACAGUGUCACUCAACACU